CUCAAUGUCCGAUACAGAACCUUAGGGAAUAGGGGGAAGUCACCGCCCUUAGCCUCGACGCCCACGAUGAAAUCCGUGGGUGGAACCUUUGUGGCCAAGCCACAGACUGGUGGAUCUUCGUUUCUGGCGUCCCUGAAGCAAGGAGACUUCUGGGCUUUGUGGGCUCCGCAAUUCGCAGUUUUCCUGUUCCUCUUGUUCUUUUACACCUUUGGAUUUAUGAAGCUGCCAAGUAUAUGCGUCAUUGUCUCUGCCUUCUUUCUGAUGAUCAGUGGCAUGCUGUUCACUUUCAGAAAGGAAGCUCGGAGCUAUUUGCCCGUCGCCAUGCUGCUGCCUGUAGCCGUCCUGGCUGGCUCCGUAGGGGGGCUUUACGUCUAUGACGUGUACGCGAUCUAUCCGCAGUUCUACACCAACGCGAGGGUCUACACCGAUGUGCAACCCUCUCAGUCCAGUGCAGCAGUCGCAGAUGCAGGGAAGCUGGUCUUCACAGACGCAGCUUAUGUCGAUACCAAGCACUCUGUGUCCUACUUGACCGAGCGCGGUUCAGUCUUCUGUAUCGCUCCAGUGCGCGAUCCAAGUCAUGGAAUUGAAAUUCAGUACUGGGCCGUUGGCACGAGUUGCUGCUCGAUGAUAGGAGACUUCUGGUGUGAUGAUGCGAAAGACACCAAGGCCAAAGGCGGCAUUGUGAUCUUCGACAACGAAGGCUUCUUUUCGGGCAGCAGCUACGAUGAGUAUGGCAAGGCCAGUCGCAAGGCCGAAGCGACCUACCAGCUCCUUUCGGUGCCACAUCCAAAGUAUAUUCGAUGGGUUCACGACGACAAUCUGAACAAAGUGGCCAAUGAAUUCACCCUAAAGGCGGGUCUUGCUCUGACGGCCAUGACCCUGGCCUACGCCAUCGUAUCAGCGGGCUUGGCCUUCGCGCUUCGCAAGCCGCGGAGUCCGUACGUGUCGGGGAGGCUCUAAAGGUUUAUACCGGGCUGAGUGGCUGAAACGCUAGCCAUGUUGUACAUAUUUGGAGCAGACGAUUGGGAUGUAAAA